AAGACUCUAAGAGCUUUGCACAACCUUGCCAAACACAUUUGCCUGCUAUAUUUCAUGGUUACGAACACUAAAGGUUAGUUUGCUUUGCAGGAAGAUGUGCUUUUCUUCAGGCCUGAAAGCCCUGAAGAGCGCAGCUCGAUGAUAGGAUUACAUGCAUUAUGGUGCAGAAGUUUUUAUGCGGGCUUCUUGUAUUGCUAUCAAUAGUAUCAGUCGUCCUUGGAGGGCCAGACGGACAGCUGUUGACCUAUUGUGGCGACCUCUUCAACGCCUUGCCUCCGGAAGAUAGGCAUGCUUGUCGAAAGACUUACCAAUCACUGCAAGCAGUGGAGUCUCAUCUUGGGCUGAUAAGGUUAAAUCGGCCACUUCAGGACUCGAAUGUUACAGCGACAGUAAGUAAUGCUACGGCGCUUGAGAUUUGGAAGGCCGAUAAUGCCAUAAAAACACAACAGCUCUUAGAUGGUGCUGGAGUGGCGCAGCGGCUUGGGAUCAGCCCCUCUGCCGCCGUGUCCCUGGCCGCCGCCUGCUUCUCCAAUCGGCUGCACCCGGACGCCUUCGCGGGCCGGCCGCUGGUGUCUGUCCUGCUGAACUACUUCAAGCGGGCGCACAUUAUCAGCCGCAUCGCAUCCGGGCUACGCAGCGCAUGCAGUGCAGCGGGCAUACCCUGCGAGCUGGUUGUCAAUGUGGACAACCCGCACGAGGCUGACGCCUGGGCGGCGGAGGUACAGAGCGGGCUGGUAGUGCCGGUGUUCUCAGCCAACCUGCAUGAGGCACGCGGCUACAACCGGGCAGCGCGGGCGGCGAGGGGCAGCUACCUGGUCAUCUGGCAGGACGACCAAGUCCCCCCCGCUGACGGCCCCUGGCUGCAGCACAUGAUCCAGCUGUUCCAGACCUUCCCGCAGCUGGGUAUUCUUGGCAUGAACAAGUACCGCUUAUGCCGUACCAAGGAGUUCAACAACCUGGGUCCGGGGCCCACCCCCUGGCUUCCUGACCCACGGGUCGCUGUCAACCCUGCCAAUGCCAGCCUAGGGCCAGCCGGGCAGCAGCAGCUGCUGCAGGGUGUCUCGUGGACGUACGCACACUUGGUUGAUUUCGCGCCCAUGGCCGUCCGCGCGUCCACCUACCAUGCUCUGGGCGGCUUAGAGGAGGGCUGGACUCGACCCGGCGACUGUGGCAUAUCCGGGGACUGGGAGCUCUGCUACCGCGCAUGGGUCGCCGGGUGGCAGGUCGGUUACAUGUUCAUGGCUGGGCUCCAAGGUGACCGCAGCACCCCCAGUGGCACGCACAAGCCCAACACGGCGGAGGCCUGCUGGGGGCGGCAGGGGCACGUGGGGCGGCAUGCGCUGCAGCAAAGGUUCAUGGUUCCGGAGCUCUCCGAGCAGAUGUGCGAGCACGUGUGGAGGCUCAACAUGGCGCAUUUCUCCCUGGCUAAGCCAGAGGACUGCCCGUACGGCAAUCAGAAUACGCGCUGGGCCAAUUGCACUUCGCCUGCUGUGCAGCAUCAACCGGGGACUAGCUAGUUAGCUAGCUAGCAACGGACUGGUGGGGCUUUGGGAAGGUUGGUUUCGUAGCGUAGGAUGGUAGGCUUCUACCGAUGAGGCUAGCUGGGGCUCGUCCGGAAGGCUUUCGUGGACUGGGCAGUUGGGCAAUGAUGCGGAGGGAUAGGGAGCGGCGACCCAUGGGUCAUGACGUGAUACUCAAAAAGAUUUCAAUUCUUCAGUGAUUGGAUGCAGCAAGGGUACUGAGGGAAGGUAUGUUAGCGGUACUGGCGGUACCUCCGUUGAUUGGGGGAGCGUGUGUUUUGUUAAAACCCUUUUAGGUUAAAACCCUAAACCCAGGUGUUUACAUCACUGCUUGGCCUAUACCGGUCCAUACGAAGAUACGAUGCAAGCGGCAUUCAGGUCGUCCUGCUUUAGCGCCGAAGUUAUACCGGGGCCAUACCGGUAUGGAGCAAGGGACGCAAAGACACUUGUGAUUAAGUCCGAGUUAGCUG